CGGGCGGCAUAUUCCCAUCAGGCUUCGAUUCGAGUCUCUGGUCAAGUCUUCGUCCCCCGCACCGAAGCCGUCCAACCCGCGGGAUACUUGAUUUCUCAACCUUUUCUUCGCCCAAAGCCUCGGAUUACGAUGAAACCCAAGAGAAGUUGCGAGUCCUGCCGCAAACGCCAUCGAAAAUGCAUCAUACGGCCAGGCGCGACUAGAUGCAGUGGCUGCGAUGAGACAGACAAAGAAUGCACACUGAGUCCAAGUUUCCAAUUCCGUCCCUCCAAGUUUUCCGAUAUCACCCGUGUUGACUGGGGUGGGAAGAGUCCCGAAGAACACGGAGCUAGCCCUGGCCCUGGCCCUGGCCCUGACCCUGACCCUGACCCGGACCCGGACCCCGAGACGCAGAGCCAGACCUCUUUGACUUCCGGGCGAGAGUCUGUCCCGUUGACGGAUGCAGCAGUCGAGGCCAGAGACAGCAUCGCUCCAUGGUCGCCGGCAAGUGCACGUACGUCGGGUGAGCUGACGCAGCGCGAGGCUUUUCUUUACCGGAUGUGGGUGCAGAAAAUUGCCUUGAUUUCAGAUGCGCUCGACGACGAGAGGCAUUUCGCUGUCACAGUUUCCAGGCUGGCUCUUGAGCACGAUGUGUUGCUUAACGGCAUUCUGGGAUUAGCAAGCCGUUUUGAUAGACUCGCCAAUGGUCCUAGUGGCACUAGUGCCGACAUUGAGAGUGCCUUUUAUCAUGGCCGGUGCAUGGAGCUGUUGAUUGGGCUCUUGAACAAGCCGGCUGAGACAUAUGAUGCCACGCUUCUGGCUGCCGUUGUCCUCUCGAGACUGUACGAGGAAAAUGAUACAGAGACAGACUCGCUCACGUAUCAUCUCAACGGCACAAGUACUCUAUUAGGUCAAGAGGUUAUCACCCGCCUGGCUACCAAGGGUGGCCUCGCAGAAGCUGCCUGUUGGGUUCACCUACGCCAGGCUAUAUAUAUCGCCAUCGUUCACCGGCAGCAUCUAAAUAUCCCUCUUCGCGUGUAUGAGAAUCUUACUGCAUUUCGCAAGGCCGACGACACAUCUUAUGCGAAUAGAGUCGUGUAUCUUCUCGCCCGGAUUGUGCUGCACUAUUUUCCCCAACAGCCCAUUAAUGUGGGCUCAUCUCCCCCUGAUGACGACUGGAAGAUUCUGCAGGAGGAACUGGACAUGUGGUUCACUUUGAAACCGGUCUCUUUCAACCCGAUCUACUAUGAACCGCCCGAUGCUAACGGUGGUGAACCGUUCCCGCGCAUGUGGAUGGCUUCAACGCUGGCAACCGUAGCCUUGCAGCACUAUUACUCUGGUCAGAUCAUUGUUAAUCUCCAUCAGUCUAACAAUCCCCUUAGCACCGGGUUCGAAGCCACGAAGGCUAUAAGAACUAAUGAGAAGUUCAUCGCAUCCUCCUUAUGCGUAUUGAUGGGUCUUGCGUUGUCUAACGAACAGGCUUUGAAUGCGUGGUACCUGCCGUGCCACAUGCUACAGCUCUGCGGCUACGUCCUUCGGAAUCGUAUGGAAAGGGAACACACUAUCCAGUAUCUGGAGACGGUGAAAAAACAGAUACAGUGGAAGACUGCACCGCUGAUCGCUGUGCUUACUCGUCAAUGGGCCGAGCUGGAUGGAUAUGAAAUCGAGGAGAGGUAAGGAGGAUAUUUCCUUUCACAUUAUCUUACAGCAACCCAUCUAUUCAGUUUAUGGUGACUCUGUACGCUCAGGAUGUAGUAGUCCGGUGCUCAUACCUAGUCAGCAGUCCACUCGAAAUGAGUUACAUGAAUAACAUGGGCAAGUAACACCAGAUUGC